AUGAAAGAGUUCAUUUCAGAGCCCUACCAGGAAAAGGGCCCUGACCAACUGGAAGCUGCCGCCGUCAAUGUCAUUCCGUUAGACAAUCUCCCCAAGGGUCGCUGGGAGCGCACUUGGCCCACCAUCGCCUGUGGAGCUGGUUUAUUCUCUGAUGGUUAUCUCAAUGGGGUCAUCGGCCAAGUCAAUACUAUACUAGAAACAAUAUACCCGGUCGCCUAUGCCAACUCAUCUGCAAGCCAGAAUGUCUCGUCCAUUGCCUUUGCUGGAACCGUUGUUGGCAUGUUGAUCUUUGGCUAUACCAGUGACCACUGGUCGCGCAAGUGGUCCUUGAUGAUUUCGACCAUCAUCCUCUUCGUCUUUGCCGCUCUUUGCGCUGGUUCCUAUGGUGCACAUGAUGAUGUCUAUGGCAUGCUGGCGGCACUUACUGCCUACCGCUUCUUCAUCGGUGUGGGUAUUGGAGGCGAGUACCCGGCUGGAUCUGUCGCGUGCGCUGAGAACACUGGAGAACUGAAGCAAGGUCACCGUAACCGUUGGUUCAUCAUGUUCACAAACUUCCAGAUUGACUUCGCUUUUGUUCUCUCAGCUUUUGUUCCCAUGAUUUUGGUCCUUAUCACUACUGAGAAUCACCUGCGCCUUGCUUGGCGUUUGGCUCUGGGGUUAGGAAUCAUUCCUCCUCUGAGCUUGAUCUACCUCCGGUUAAAGCUAGAGGAACCUGAAGAAUUUAACCGCGAACGCAUGCACAAGUUCCCCAUUUGGCUUAUUAUCAAGUUCUACUGGAAGCGUUUGGCCGUUGUAUCACUGAUCUGGUUUAUCUAUGACUUCUCAUCCUACUCCUUUGGUAUUUUCGCCUCAAAGUGGAUUAGCAUCAUCACCGGUGAUAGUGCACCCUUAUGGCAAACCUUUGGCUGGACAACCCUGGAGUAUCUCUUCUACCUUCCAGGAUCUUUACUUGGUGCCUUCUGCAGUGACUGGAUUGGUCCCCGCAAAACCUUGGCCAUUGGUGUUCUUCUCCAGGGUAUCGUGGGAUUCAUCAUGUCCGGAUGCUACAAGUACCUGGGCACCCAUGAAAAUGUCGGUGGUUUCGUAGUGGUCUACGGUAUCUUCCUUGCACUCGGUGAAUUUGGCCCUGGUGAUAACAUUGGUCUAUGUGCGGCCAAAACCAGCGCUACAGCUGUUCGUGGUCAAUACUAUUCCUACGCUGCUGCCAUCGGUAAAAUCGGUGCUUUUGUCGGUACCUACGUUCUUCCAAUUGCACAGAAAAAUGCUCCCAACCCAGUCCGUGCUGGUCAGGAUCCAUUCUUCAUUUCCAGUUCACUGUGCAUUUUAAGUGCCGCCCUGGCCUGGUUCCUUCUGCCUGAGAUCAACCAGGAUACCAUCACUAGCGAGGAUGAAAGAUUCCGUGCAUACUUGAUCAACAAUGGAUAUGAUGUCUCUACUCUGGGCAACAAAUGA